AUGGCAGGUUCUGUGCGUGUGAAAGAGGCUGUCGUCGUUGCGCCCUCCGAGCCCACCCCAACUUGCGUCCUCAACCUCUCGGCCAUUGACUCGCAACUCUUCCUUCGAUUCACCAUUGAGUACCUCUUGGUCUACGCCCCUCGACCGGUCCUCAAUCAGGAAGCCACCACGACCCGCGUCAAGUCCGCACUGGCCAAGGCCCUUGUCCCGUACUACCCGCUGGCCGGUCGGGUCCGGCCCAAAGCCGACGGCUCAAGCCUCGAGGUUGUCUGUCGAGCACAGGGCGCCGUGUUCAUCGAGGCCGUGUCCGACCGCGCCACGCUCUCCGACUUCGAGCGGGCCCCGCGUUACGUGGCCCAAUGGAGGAAGCUACUGUCGCUCCAAGUGGCCGACGUUCUCAAGGGUGCUCCUCCGCUCGUCGUCCAGCUGACGUGGCUCAAGGACGGAGCCGCGGCGCUCGGCGUGGGAUUCAACCACUGUCUCUGUGACGGGAUCGGCAGCGCCGAGUUCCUCAACUCGUUCGCCGAGUUGGCAGCUAGCAAACCCGGGUUCGCGAACGAGUUCAAACCCAAUCCGGUAUGGGAUCGCCACCUGCUGGACCCACAACCCGUAGAUCAUGUAAUGCCACGUCAUCGAAUUCCUAACGCGGCGAGUCACCCCGAGUUCAACAAGGUCCCCGACCGUUGCGGGUUCAUGAACCGGUUCUCCAACGAACGACUCAUCCCAACCUCCAUAACAUUCGAAAACAUAUACCUAAGCGAGCUGAAGAAACUCGCUCUGUCGACGAGUCGACUCAGCACCGAGUCGGCCUAUACUUCGUUUGAGGUUCUCUCAGCCCACGUAUGGAGGAGCUGGGCCAGAGCACUGAACCUAGCUUCAAACCAAAUCUUGAAGCUCCUCUUCAGCGUCAACGUACGGAACCGAGUGAAGCCGAGUCUACCCGUCGGGUACUACGGCAAUGCGUUCGUGCUGGGGUGCGCGCAGAGCAGCGUGAAGGAUCUGGAGGAGAAGGGGCUGGGGCACGCGGCUGGGCUGGUGAAGCGUGCGAAGGAGAGGGUGGGGGAGGAGCACGUGCGGAGGGUGGUAGAGUCAGUGAGCGAGUCGAAGGCGAGUCCUGACACGGUGGGGGUGCUGAUCGUGUCGCAGUGGUCAAGGCUGGGAUUGGAAAGGGUUGACUUUGGGAUGGGAAGGCCAGUGCAUGUGGGGCCCAUACUGAGCGACAGGUACUGCCUGUUUUUGCCAGUCGGUAGUAAAAAUAAUAAGGGAGGUGGUGAUGAUGAUGAUGAUGAUGAUGGUGAUGAUCAGGGGGAAUCUGUGAAGGUGAUGGUGGCUGUCCCCACAAGUGCAGUUGACAAGUACGAGAUAUUGGUCAAGAGUCCAUACUCGUGA